AUGGAUGGAUUUUGCAACCGUCUUCUCUCUUUCUACGACAACAACGUCAACGGCGAGCCUGGAAGAUGGCCAGUCGCGAAUCUCCAGCCCGAGGACAUGGCCGGCGCAGGCUUUCGUUUCGCGGGAAAUGGAAAGCUCAACUGCGACAGCGUGAGCUGUGAUUGGUGCAAGAUGCAGGCUUGGAAAUGGGAAUCCAAGGACGACCCGUUCGAACAACACCGGCAGGGCUCCCCCACCUGCAUUUACGUUGCUAGCAAGACAUUCAAGGACUACGAGCAAGUCUUCCAAGCAAAAGUGAUGGUCAGCGAGGUUUUUGGCAGGCUGCCGAGCCCGCCGGCUACACCCGUCAAGCAGAUCCGAAAGCCCCGUCGUCGCAUGUGCUUGUCGCCUAUCACCACAGUCUUUGACUUUGAGCCGGCCCAGGACGAGGCACACUCCGUGGCUUACCAGCAGGAGAGCACCCACAAGCCCGUUGAAAUCUCUGUCAUGUCUGGCGAUACCAAAGUCGUCAUUCAGAUCGCCAACGGCGAGGAGCGAAGCUUAAAGCGACUGCGAAUGGAGUAG